GGUGGUCUUAGUAGGACAUGGCUUUCUGAAAUCCACCAUGAAAGGAUGCAACACUUACUCUCCCAGCAGUAGCAUCGAGAAGCAGCUGUCAUGCGUAAAGGGUACUCACAUGCGUACUGCAGCAUGGAAGAGAGAAGAAGACAGAUCGCUGGAAAGACGGUCCUAUGUUGCACGGCAAGACUUCGUAGUAGCUUACUCAAGAUGUGGGCUCACUAUGGAAAAUGACAAGCUUAUCACUCUCGCCGGGAUCGCACAGGACGUCACCGCGGUCACAGGGAACGAUUUCGCAUGUGGUCCUUCGGAGAACCACUUCCUUGAAGAGCCCCUCUGGAGGAGGGAACCGCACAUCAGACCGAAACGCCAACUGUUCCCGCGUGUCGACCCGAGCCACUUCAGGUACUACCGCAAUUGCGAAAAGAGGCGCAAAACAGCAACAGUGGAAGAGUUUGACCUUGGUGCACUGAAGUCCGGCCAGCUCGGGCAUGCUAAGCCAGUGUUGCGAGACAACCUUCUGCAACCGAAAGGCGGAUGA